AUGAACCGCAGCUCCAUUAAACCCAACAAUUACACGUUCCCAAUUGUUCUCAAAGCCAUUUCUGACCUUGAAGAUCCCGAAUGGGGUAAAGUGGUUCAUACCCAUGUCGUGAAAUCGGGUCAUGUUAAUGAUAUUUACGUUGGAAAUUCGUUGAUGAGUGCGUAUGCUUCGUGUGGGGAAAUGGGGUUUUGUCGCCAGGUGUUCGAUGAAAUGUCUGAAAGAGAUGUUGUAUCUUGGACGGUUAUGAUUACCGGGUAUAGACAACGUGGGAAGUUUAGUGAUGCAUUGUUGACAUUUGAACAGAUGCAGUAUGCGGGUGUGGUGCCGAAUCAGGUGACCGUGGUUAAUGCUUUAGCCGCGUGUGCGAAUUGUGGCGCUAUCGACAUGGGUGUUUGGAUACAUGAGUUUAUAAAGAAAAACUCCUGGCAACUUGACGUCAUCAUGGGUACUUCGUUAGUCGAUAUGUAUGGAAAAUGCGGUAGUAUUCAAGACGCGUUAUCGGUGUUUCUUAGCAUGAAAGAGAAGAAUGGGUUCACAUGGAAUUCAUUAAUCAAGGGGUUAGCAAUGGCACACGUUGAAGAAGCUUUAUGGUGGUUUUCAAAAAUGGAGCACGAAAAGGGUAUCAAGCCCGAUGACGUGACUUUAGUUGUGGUGUUAAAUGCUUGUGCUUGUUCUGGAUUAGUACAAAAAGGCAGAGAAAUAUUUACUUCAUUAAUCAAUGGCAAAUACGGGUUUCUUCCGAACGCCAAACACUAUGCUUGUUUGGUUGAUCUUUUAGCGCGUUCGGGGAGUUUAAACGAGGCCAUGGAAGUUAUUAAAGACAUGCCUUUUGAACCUAGCAAAAGUAAAUUUUAUUUUUCUGAAUUUUGCCACAUUUUCGAAAGUUUUGAAAAUGGCAGUUAA